AUGGCGUCCGCUGAUCUGAGACACGGGCUGAACUGCUCCAUCUGUCUGAACCUUUGCACCGAUCCCGUGGCACUGACCUGCGGACACAGCUUCUGCCGGCUCUGCCUGGACCGUGUUCUGGAAACCCAGGAGGAGUCUACAGUUUAUACCUGUCCUGAAUGCAAAGAACAGUUCCAUGAGAGGCCCGUCCCAUCAAAGGAUCAAUCGCUGCAUGAGGAGCCUGGGAGCCUGUGCGAUUCUUGUAUUCAAUCUGCGGUUCCGGCGGUUAAAUGUUGCCUAUUCUGCGAGUCUUUUCUGUGUGAAGACCACCUGAAUGUCCACAGCAAGUCUGAGGAACACGUUCUAAGUGACCUGAACGUGGUUUGUCCGGCACACAAGAGAGUAUUUGCCUAUUACUGCUGUGAAGAUGCCGAGUUUAUCUGCGAUGCCUGUGUUCAGUCCGAGGAACACGCCGACCACCAGGUGAAGCCGGUCCAGGAGGCCUCCAAGGAGAUGAAAGAAUUAGGAGGGGAACUUCUGAAGCGACUUGCCUCCAAGAUAGCAGAGGACGAGAUCAUGGUCCAGGUUCUCCAAGAGACUGGUAAAACAACCCGAGAAAAGUUGGCUUUUAUAAAAGAGAAGGUCAGCGCCCUGUUUAGAGACAUCAAGAGACAACUGGACGACCUGGAGAAUAAAGUGCUCAGCGACAUUACCCAGAAAGAAGGGCAGAUUUCCCUCUCGGUCACAGAUCUCAUCCAGCGGUUGGAAAUAAAAAAGGACGAGCUGUCCAGAAAGAUUCAUGACAUCGAGGAGCUCUGCAAGAGGAAUGACCCCUUAUCCGUUCUUCACGAGUGGAAGACCAGCGAAGAGAACUUCGGCAAGAAUGGAUCCAACAUGAGCGUGAUGCAAAAAACAGUUGGCCAUCUAGACGAGGGCCUGAUCUCCGUGACUUUGCACACCAGUUUAGAGGAGAUUAUUACCGGCGCCAAGAAAGACUUCUACAUCCGGCAGGAUCCAGGCUUCGAACUGGACAUCAACACGGCUUCUAAUAACGUAUGUCUAUCUGGGGACUUGAAAACCGCGUCGGCCUCGGAGAUCAGCCAGAAUCGCACCAAGACGCUGGAGAGAUUCCAGUAUGAUCAGGUCUUGGGGAGCAAGAGCGUCCUCUCCGGCAAACAUUACUGGGAGGUGGAGACUGGAGAAGGGGGCAACUGGAGACUUGGCAUGUCCUAUGGCAGCAUCACCAGGAAAGGCUACCACUCCCUGAUCGGGCAUAGCAACAAGUCCUGGGGCCUGUGUAGGUAUUUUAAUCAGUACUUAGCUAUACAUGACAGGAGGGUGUUGGCGGUGCCCCAGAAACCAUCCUGCAACAGCCUGGGGGUCUAUGUGGACUACGAGGAGGGGCAGAUAUCCUUCUACGAGCUUUGUGACCCUGUCAGGCUUCUGUACAAUUUCUCUGUUACCUUUUCCGAACCUCUUUUUUUGGUGCUUGGUGUAUAUACGGGCUGGGUGAGAGUCAAGAAUUAG